AUGAUACCAAUUUCGCGUGAUAAUGACACUAUCUUGAGGGAUAGGGGUCUUUCACGCGGAAAGAGGAAUAGAUCUCAAGAUGGUUCAUAUAUUACAUGCGAAAAACGUGCGGAAUUGUUGAAAGAAAAAGGUUUUCAGCCAGAAUUUUUUGUAAAUUUUAUUCCUAUUGCUUCUCCUUCCAAUUGGAGAAAGGAUCUUACAAAAGUAACGAAAGAUUCCGUUAAAUCAACAAUAAAUAAACUCGAAACUAUAAAGAAAAAAGUUCAACAAUUGCUAUUAGAUUCCCAAAACAAAGUUACCGAACUUUUAACAGAAGAUAAUGCUAUAAAAACAAGAAUUCUUACUUAUAAAGGACGUGGAUUAAACGAAAAUCGAAAAAUGUUUUAUUUAAUUUCUUAUCUAUCAUUAUUACGCACAAAAAAGGAGUACCUCAUAAUUAGCGAGUCAGAUGCUAUUACAAAACACAUAAAUGCAAUGAUAAACAUCUUAAAUCGGCCAAUUCAUUACGAAAAUAUCAUAGUAUCCGUUGAUAUUGAAGGAUACCUAGCCGCAAGAGUUGGUUUAGGUCCAAAAAUUAAACGAAUUGUUGCUAAAAUUAAGCAUUUAGAGUCUUACAUCAAAUGGCCUUCAUUUACACCUCUUCCUACUGAAAUAGGAGAUCAACUAAUAUACCCUACGGCAGAGACAUACUCGAUGUUCAAGAAUAUGGCAUCAAAUGCGAAUACAAAAUCAAUAGAAAAAAUAUUCGAAGAAUUUCAUGCAAUGACAGACGACAACGAAGAGUUUAUGAUACUAUUAGACCAUUCAUUCGAUUUCGGUUGGCAAAAAGCUGAUUUUCCCUACCUUUGUCUUCAACCAAGUAAAAUCGGACUUUUUUUACGCGUAACACCACGAGCAUUGAACGUAGACUUCAUUCCAGAGCAGUUCAUGGAUGUACCUGUCAACAAUCUGCAAGGAAAACAGUGGCCGUACAAAACUGUCGUUGAUAUUAUCAUUUCUAUUCUUUUUGAGCUGAAUCCAGUGAGAAUGGCGCGAAUUUUCAACAGUUCCCUUGAAGAGAUUUCGAUAUGCAUCGACAGAUUGUAUCCAGAACACUCUGAUAUUGAUUUUGACACCGUUUUUUCAUUUGCAGUUUUGUCAGUUAUGGCUUCAGGAAUUUUGGCCGAAGAAAAAGUUCUUGCGUACAUUUCUCAGGUUUCUCUGCUUGAUAUUAGUGAUUCAUUGACGCAAGUUGGUGCUACUUAUGCAGCAACAGCUUUGAAUCACAUUCUGUCACUUGAUGAAGAAGAACUUACUAAUAUUAGCUAA